AUGAAACAUUUUCUCGAAGUAUAUAAUUCCUCAACACAUUCUACAACAGGACAUACACCAAAUUCAAUGACACAACAACAAGAAGAAAAGUAUAUACAAAAGAAACGAAGCCAAACACAAAAUAUCAGAAAUUCAACACAAUUUACCCUCAUUCCUGGUACAAAAGUUCGUGUAGUUCUUGACGACAAACCGUUGACAAAGAAACGUUUAAGGUUAAGUAGAAACUAUUAUAUCGUAGACUCUACGCAAGGUAAUGGAUAUCUUAUAAAAGCUGCUGACGACUCCAUAGCAUUUUACCCUCGUCAUAAAUUAGUUGAAAGUAGUAAUGGCAAACUUGCUGAAACCAUUGACGAAGCAAAGCGAGGAGUGGUUAUUGAAAUACUUGGCUACAACACAAACGAUGACACUUAUAAAGUAAGAUAUGAAGGAGGUGUUGAAGAUGUUAUACCAUCUAAGAACUUGAGAGAGUCAAAGCCAACACAUCUGGGACCAUUAGAGCGGGAGUACUGGAAAGACAAAAAUAUGCCAGAAAGAAUAAGAAAAUUCUUCUAA